GUAGCGCUGAGGAGAGCGGAGCGGAGGAGACUUAGAGGAGUUGGAGCUCGGCGCUUCCCCUCCCCCCUCCUCGCCCACCCGCCCCGGCCGCCCCCUCCCUCCCCGCUCGGUCUCCGUCCCGUCGGGGCGCUCUCGGGGCCGGGCCCAUGGCUCCUCAGAAGCAUGGUGGAGGCGCGGGGCCCAGCUCGGGCUCCGCCGGCGGCGCGGCCGGAGGAGGAGGUGGAGGUGGCGGCGGCGGAGGAGGAGGAGGAGGUGGCGGCGGCGGUGGCGGCGGCGGCAGCAGCAGCAGCAGCAGCGGAGGCGGAGGGUUCGUGGGCUCCGCCGCGGCGGCGGCCCCGGCCGGUAAAUCCGGUGGGGCGGCGGGAGGAGGCGGCGGCGGCGGCGGAGGAAGCGGUUACUCGGGCGGUUCCUCGGCCUCCUCAGCGGCGGCGGCGGCGACAGCCGCGCUGCCCCCCGUGAAGAAGCCGAAGAUGGAGCAGAUCCAGGCCGACCACGAGCUCUUUCUUCAGGCCUUCGAGAAACCAACACAGAUAUACAGAUUUCUACGUACCCGGAAUCUCAUAGCACCAAUAUUUUUGCACAGAACUCUUACUUACAUGUCCCACAGAAACUCCCGAACAAAUAUAAAAAGGAAAACGUUCAAAGUAGAUGAUAUGUUAUCAAAAGUAGAGAAAAUGAAGGGAGAACAAGAAUCUCACAGCCUGUCUGCUCAUCUGCAACUUACGUUUACUGGUUUCUUCCAUAAAAAUGAUAAGCCAUCACAAAACUCAGAGAAUGAACAAAAUUCUGUAACCCUGGAAGUACUGCUUGUGAAAGUUUGCCACAAGAAACGAAAGGAUGUCAGUUGUCCAAUAAGACAGGUUCCUACAGGUAAAAAGCAGGUGCCUUUAAACCCAGACCUCAGUCAAAUCAAACCAGGCAACUUCCCAUCACUUGCAGUUUCCAGCAAUGAGUUUGAACCAAGCAACAGCCAUAUGGUGAAGUCUUACUCAUUGUUAUUCAGAGUAACUCGCCCAGGAAGAAGAGAUUUUAAUGGACUGAUUAAUGGCGAAACUAAUGAAAACAUUGAUGUCAAUGAGGAGCUUCCAGCUAGAAGAAAAAGAAAUUCUUCAAAUCGUGAAGAUGGAGAAAAGACAUUUGUAGCACAAAUGACUGUAUUUGAUAAAAACAGACGAUUGCAGCUUCUGGAUGGAGAAUAUGAAGUGGCCAUGCAGGAAAUGGAAGAGUGUCCCAUCAGUAAGAAAAGAGCAACAUGGGAAACAAUACUUGAUGGGAAGAGGUUGCCUCCAUUUGAAACAUUUUCUCAGGGACCUACACUUCAGUUUACUCUUCGUUGGACAGGAGACACAAAUGAUAAGUCUACAGCUCCUAUAGCCAAGCCUCUUGCAACACGAAAUUCUGAAAGCCUGCCUCAAGAGAACAAACCCAAUUCUGUUAAACCUACUCAGACUAUAGCUGUGAAAGAAUCCUUGCCUGCCGACCUUCAAACAAGAAAAGAGAGAGAUGUUUUAAAUGAACCUCGACAAAAGUUGCGAAUAUUUUACCAGUUCCUUUAUAACAACAACACAAGACAGCAGACUGAAGCCCGAGAUGACUUGCAUUGCCCAUGGUGCACGCUGAACUGUCGGAAACUGUAUAGUUUACUCAAACACCUUAAACUUUGUCACAGCAGAUUUAUCUUUAAUUAUGUUUAUCAUCCGAAAGGUGCUAGGAUAGAUGUGUCUAUCAAUGAGUGCUAUGACGGCUCAUAUGCGGGGAACCCGCAGGAUAUCCAUCGUCAGCCUGGGUUUGCCUUCAGUCGCAAUGGACCAGUCAAAAGAACUCCUAUCACACACAUACUCGUAUGCAGGCCAAAGCGUACGAAAGCAAGUAUGUCUGAAUUUCUGGAAUCUGAAGAUGGAGAAGUAGAACAGCAGCGGACGUACAGCAGUGGGCACAAUCGGUUAUAUUUCCACAGUGACACAUGUUUACCUCUCCGUCCACAAGAAAUGGAAGUAGAUAGUGAGGAUGAAAAGGACCCUGAAUGGCUACGAGAGAAAACCAUUACUCAAAUUGAAGAAUUCUCUGAUGUUAAUGAAGGAGAGAAAGAAGUGAUGAAAUUAUGGAAUCUUCAUGUUAUGAAGCACGGGUUUAUUGCUGACAAUCAAAUGAAUCAUGCCUGUAUGCUGUUUGUUGAAAAUUACGGACAAAAAAUAAUUAAGAAGAACUUGUGUCGAAACUUUAUGCUACACCUGGUCAGCAUGCAUGACUUUAACCUCAUCAGCAUAAUGUCAAUAGACAAAGCUGUUGCCAGGCUCCGAGAGAUGCAGCAGAAGUUAGAGAAAGGAGAAUCGACCUCCCCGAUGGAUGAGGAAUCUUCUGAGGAGCAGAGUGGGACAACAAAUGGAUACAGUGAAAAUAACAUGAGGGAGAGAAUUUCAGAAAUGGAUAGCAUCUCAGGUGUCACAAAACAGAGCAAGAAACAAAAGCUCUGAAGUCAGAAGUGAAAUUCCAUUCAACGGACAAGCAUUGAAGUGACAUUUCUAGGGUGCAUGAGCUCUAUAAAGAAUUACACACAAAAAAAUACAGAUUCCAAACAGGCACUGCUGGAUGGAAAUAAAUGAUUUCAACAAGGAUAUUGUUUUAACAGGGUUUCUAUUCAGUUAAUUAUGCAAGUACUACAUGUAUAUCGGUUUUGGUGAUGUAAUGACAAUAUUCUAAGAGUUUGAGCAUGAAGAGCAAUAUGAAAAUCUUUUUGUAAUUUUAGUAAUUAGUGUCUUAAGAACUUUAUGGAAUUUACAUAAUUUAAAUAUAUGUAAAACAGUUUUUAUAUUAAGAUUUUUGCAUCUGUAUCUGGCUGUUUUUCCUACCAUGAAGUUGUGAAACGUUGGGGAGAGGGGUUUGGGAUACAGUUUCUGCUUCUCUUAUUUAGAAAUUCUCCAGUUAGCUUUUUGUGAAAAUAAUGUCUCACUAUUUAAAGUUUAACCUUGAUCCUUGCAUUUGAAAUCAUUUAUGAAUUGAUGGUAAUGGCAAAUUUAUGUUACACUAAAAUUUUGAAGUUGGCAAACUUAGCACUUCCUUUGUCGUGUGCCUGUUUGGAAAGAUGUUGGCUUUUCAUGUUGCAGACACAGUGAAGUUCCACCUUGGCUUUUUGAGGUUACCGGCAGUUUGGUUUUCAUGGAUAAUUCUGAUGUAUUGAUCACACAGUGUACCAUUUAAAACUUGAACAUUAGCUCCUUUUCUAUUUUUAGUAUGCAUUUACACAGCUACACAAACGAUUGGAUGCAGACCUUACGGGGGCUCUGCAUUGCAGUGUGCCAUGCUAACGCCGAGUCUGUGGUCCGUCUGCGGGCACGACGCCAAGGGCUUCCUCGGAAGUUCACGCCUGCUGUUUUGCCUGAGCACAGACUGCAAGGCCAGGCCGAUGGUUUAGCUUUGGCUUUUGAGAUGCCACUCUUGAGGGAAAAAUGCACUGUAAAAUUGGACCAGAAAAUGUGUUGCACUUCUUAUGCAAGUAUUCUGUGAUGUAUUGUAUUCAAUACAGAAACUAAGAUGCUGACUAAACUAUAUUUGAGCAGUUUUGCACUGCUGUUAACACAUUUUAUGCAUACGUUUACAGAUUUUUUCCAAUGGAAAGUGGUUUCACUACUGGUACAGUAUCAGCACCGAAGGGUUUAUUCCAGCAAGCACUGUGGUUGAGUGACAUCACCUCAAUUUUUUAUUAUCCUUAAAAUAUUGCAUUUUUCAUAUUCUUUAUUUAUAAAGGAACAAUGCUGCUGUAAAUACAGGUAUUUUUAAUUUUUUAUUUCAUUCCAUCACCAUGAGAUGCAGUUCCCUAUUUGUUUAAGGGGUAUAUAAGCUUUCUAAUGGUGUCUUCAGAAAUUUAUAAAAUGUAAAUACUGAUUUUGAUGGUCCUUUAAGAUGUGUUUAACUGUGAGACUAUUUAACUAAUGGUGUGGAUGUGAUUUGUCAUCCAGUAUUAAGUUCUUAGUCACUGAUUUUGUGUACAAAAUAGGAAAGAGGGAAACUGCAGCUUUCAUUACAAACUUCUUGAAUUUGCCAGCUCUGGGUUUUAGCGAGCUCUAAUUACGCCUCUGGAUAGUUCAUCGAGCAUUUCUCUCUGGCUUUAAUUUGCUAAAGCUGUGCACAUAUGUAAAAAAAGAAUAGAUUAUUUUAGGGGAGAUGUAGUUCUAGAAUUAUUGCUUAUGUCAUUUCUUAAGCAGUUACGCUCUUAAUGCUUAAAAGAAGGCUAGCAUUGUUUGCACAAAAAGUUGGUGAUCCCCCAAAAAACAGUAAUGAAAUUACUUCUGUCCAGUCAACUUUGUAUGUCAUGUCAAUUUAUAAUAAAAGCUGAAAAAAUC